UCUGCCUCCUUUCUCUCUCCCUGCCUCUCCCUCCGUCUCCCUUUCUUUCCCAUCCCUGAAGCACCCAUCGAUAGUUGGAAAAGCAUUGAUCGUCUCUCGAUCUUAUCAGAUACUACCUGCUGUCGCAUCUGGUGAACCACCAACGACAGUGACUCCUCCAACUAACAGCUAGCGACACAGACAGAUUCGACCAAUGACCAGCCGUCUGCUGUGCGAUCUUCCACCGCCGUCUUCUUCUCCUUGCGAACUUCAGAGCCCUGUGACUCUCAGAGAGGUUCUCUUCAUCUUCUCUCUAACUCUGAUUCUUAGAUCUCAGGUAAGUUAUUUAAUCUCUCAUCACUUCAUCUUUCUCAUCUGUCUCGCCUACGGAUCUCAUAUCUGGGUUGUAGGUAAUUUUAGGGUCUUUGUCUUCUGGUUUGUUGGUAUUUUCGAAUCAUCUCACCUUGAUUUAUGCUUCAAGCUGCAAUUUUCGGUGAUGUAAUCUAAAAUGCUGUUUUUUCCUCCAGAUUUGCUUAAAAAAUUAUUUGAUUUUCUAUGAUGCUCCAGAUUUGCUAAAAAAGAUGAGAACCGGUUGCGUCUUGUGCAAAAUCAUCUUGUUCAUUAUUUUUAAUUGUUUAUUCCAGUGCUCUGCAUGGUGUCAGGAGUAAUGUUUGUGAACAAAUAAUGUGGCUACCGACUGUUGCAGACUUCAACUCACCAAAGGGACCAAUUUACUUAGUUGGGCUUUUUUCCUAUUUUUCUCAUCUUAGUCACAGCAGCAUAACGAAUUACCUCAUUGAUUGUAUGUGUAAUUUUUUAGUAUAAAUUUGUACUUCUUCCCUUGCUAUGAAAAUAUGAUAUGGCGUGUGUUUAGUCUCAGUUUUUUUUUUUUGAGUAAGUGCUUUGUUUCAGUUGGAACCCCAGUUCUUGGAGAAUUUCGAGUCCUUUAUCUUGGGGUUUAUUGAUAAACUAAUUUUUUAGCAUAAUUAUUAAUGGGAAUUAUUUUAAUUUUUUACUGUAUGACCGGUCCAACAGUUAAGCCAGUCACUCAUGGACUUGGUCCCUCUGGAUUAUAUGUGCUGGGUGUGAUAACUAUGCUUCUAAUUCGCCCUCUUCAACCGUUUACCCUAAUAACACUUCUCCCUUUAAUUACAGAAGGAGAAAAACUGUAGCGAGAAAUUCAAUUUCAGACUUCCAGAGGAAUGUCCAUAGCCGUAGAGAAAGCUGAGGUCGAAGAACCAAAGGUAAUGGACAAAAUUGAAGAUGAUGAUGAUGAAGAGGAAGAGCUCUCGUGGUCUUCGGACUCCGAAAUUGGGGAUGCUUUGGACUAUUUGGACUCGAAAGACAACGAAGAAGCUGUUGAUGGAACUUUUACUCUUCACUCUCGGCGUCCAAAUGCUCACGGAGGGCUUCACUCUCGCCCUAAUACGUCUUCUCUUCAACCUCUGUCAAAUCGAAGCCAGAAGUUCACAAAUCACAUCAAAGCUUCGCCUUUAGAGGAGUGGGAAGGAAGGUUGAAUGUGGGCAUGUCAAACUCUGUUACAACAGCAAUUCGUGGAAGUGUUCGAGAGAUGGCCAUUGGAAAGACUAGAACUACUGAAAAAGCCGACCGUGCAACUGUUGAACAGGCAAUUGACCCCAGAACUCGCAUGGUUUUAUUCAAAAUGCUCAACCGGGGUGUAUUUCAUGAUAUCAAUGGCUGCAUUUCAACUGGGAAAGAAGCAAAUGUUUAUCAUGCUACAAGAUCUGAUGGUCAGGAGUUGGCAAUCAAAGUAUACAAGACUUCUGUUCUUGUGUUUAAGGAUAGAGAUCGAUAUGUACAAGGUGACUACCGUUUCAGAUAUGGAUACUGCAGGCACAAUCCCCGAAAAAUGGUUAAAACAUGGGCUGAGAAAGAAAUGAGAAAUCUUAUGAGGCUAAAGGCAGCCGGAAUUAGGUGCCCAGCUCCAAUUCUAUUGAGGCUUCAUGUUUUGGUCAUGGAGUUCAUAGGCAAGGUAGGUUGGGCCGCACCUCGACUUAAGGAUGCCGCUUUAUCUCUGGACAAGUUACGUGAAAGUUAUAUGGAGAUAAUUUUGGCAAUGCGAACAUUGUAUCAGAAGUGCAAGUUGGUGCAUGGAGACCUUAGCGAAUAUAACAUCCUCUACUUUGAGGGUCACUUGUAUAUUAUUGAUGUUUCCCAAGCAGUUGAUCUUGACCAUCCUCAUGCCCUUGAUUUCCUUCGUGAAGAUUGUCUCCAUGUUUCUGAUUUCUUUAGAAAACAUGGUGUAGCUGUUAUGACAAUUCGAGAGUUGUUUGAUUUCAUAGUUGAUCCUUCUGUUGAUGAUGAUUCUGUGGAUGGUUAUCUGGAGGAGGUUCAGCAAAAAAUUUUGGCAAGAGGAGAUGUGAUCUCUGCAGAGGAAGAAAUUGCAGAUUCUGUAUUUGUUCAGUCUUAUAUUCCAAAGACAUUAGAUAAUGUGAAGAAUGCGGAGGAGGAUGUAAUACGGAUAACGAGUGGCAAGGACACUCAAGAUUUAUACUACAAGACAAUUACAGGACUUAAGCAGGCUCUUUCCAUGACUAAUCCUUCUGUAGCUGAAAAAGAGCAGGAUCAGCAGGUGGGGAAGCCUGCACACGAAUCACCUGUCGAUCCAGCUGGGCAUUCUAACUCGCAGGACAGCGAAUCAGAGGCUGGAACAGAUGAAGAUGACAAUAAUUCAAGUGACUCGGAGGAUGAUGGGUAUUCUUCUGAAAGUGGCACACAAGCACCUGUCGAUAAAAAAGCAGCUAGGAAAGAGAACAAGAAGAAAGUUAAAGAAGAGAAGAGGGAGGCCCGGAAGAACAAAGUGCCAAAAGCUGUGAAGAAGAAAAAGAAGAAAUUGGCCAAAGCGAAGAAGUACAGGUAGCUACAAGUAUCCAAAGCUAUAAAUAUUGUGAAAGCUGCCUGGAGAGUUUUGUUCAUCUGUGUGAUGAAUCCCAAUUUUGCAAAUUGUGGCUCUAUGAGCGAUUAUAUUUAUUUGCUUUUUAUCUAUUUUUUUCGGUUUAGAGGGGGAUGGGGCUGGUGCACCGGUGACGCUUGGGGCAUCGGUGGACUGGUGAAUAGUGACUAAUGUUGGUUUUGGAGUAAUUAUUAAGAAAUAAUGUAAGUGUUUGUUUUCAUCGAUAUUAGAUAGCAAAACUUGACAUACUUCCUCAAACUUUCUGCAUAAAUCUAAGGACUC